AUGGCGCGGGCGGCUUCGCUGCUGCCCCGCUACCUGCUGCUGCUGGCCCAGGAGCACCUCGAGUUCCGCCUGCCGGAAGUAACAUCUCUGCUCUCACUUUAUGGUGGACAGUUCAGCAGUGAGCAGGAAAUUCGUGUCAAUUCUCCCUUCUGGAUUCUCAAUAUUCCUUCAGAAGAGAUGGCAAGGGGACUAAUGAAGAGGACAGUGUGUGCAAAGUCUAUAUUUGAACUGUGGGGUCAUGGAAGAUCUGCAGGGGAGCUCUAUGCAGCUUUGAAGAGCUAUCCAAUGGAGAGGAUGCUUCCAUAUCUACAGUCGGACUCCACUUACAAAGUUCGUAUCCAUUCCUUUAAUAAAACACUGACCCAGGCACAGAAAAUACAAAAGAUAGAUGCCCUUGAAUUUCUGCCAUUCAAAGGAAAAGUAAAUUUAAAGAAUCCAGAGCACAUCUUCUGGAUUUUGGAAGAUUAUGGAAUGGACCCUAAUAAAGUUCCAGAAGAGCCUUUUCAGCUGUAUUUUGGUAGAUGGAUUGCAGAUGGCCAAAGAGAACUUAUUGAGUCCUACAGUGUGAAAAAGAGACACUUCAUUGGAAAUACAAGCAUGGAUGCCUGCCUGUCUUUCAUUAUGGCCAACCAUGGGAGAGUAAAGCCCAAUGAUGUUGUAUAUGAUCCAUUUGUUGGAACAGGUGGCCUUCUGAUCUCCUCAGCACACUUUGGAGCAUAUGUGUGUGGUGCUGAUAUAGAUUACAACACAAUCCAUGGAUUAGGCAAGGCAAGCAGAAAGAACCAGAAAUGGAGAGGGCCAGAUGAAAACAUCAGAGCUAAUCUCAGGCAGUAUGGGUUAGAGAAAUACUACCUUGAUGCACUGGUGUCUGAUUCUUCAAGGCCAGUCUGGAGGAAAGGGAUGCUGUUUGAUGCCAUCAUCACAGAUCCACCGUAUGGCAUCAGAGAAGCCACUCGCAGAACAGGCUCACAAAAGGAAGCAGUGAAGUCAGCUGAAAGAAGGUGGGUGAGCUGCCCAGAAAAUCACAUCUUUGUUUCAUCCAGUUAUCAUCUAAGUGACAUCUUUUUUGACCUGUUGAAGUUUGCAGCAGAAUACCUGGUGAUGGGAGGAAGAUUGGUUUACUGGCUUCCAAUCUACAGGCCUGAAUACACAGAAGACAUCAUUCCCUGCCACCCCUGCCUGAAACUUAUCAGCAACUGUGAGCAGAUGCUUUCCAGCCACACAUCAAGGCGCCUGAUAACCAUGGAGAAGGUGAAGGAAUUCAAGGAUCAGGACCAGAAUUCUUCCUCGUUGGAUGGUCAAUAUUUGCCAUACAGGGGACACAAUUCUUUCCGCGAGAAGUAUUUCAGCGGCGUGACAAAGAGGAUUGCCAAGGAAGAGAGAGACAAUCAGAAGUGA